AUGGUGAACUGGACCGCAGAGAAGGACCGGACAAUUCUCAAGGGGAUCUUCAAGUUCCACAACAUCAAGAACUCACAACCAUUCCUGGAAUUUCUGGCAAAUGAGAUUGGGGAAGGCUGCACACUGAAGGCAGUCAGCAACCGUCUCACCAAUCUCAGGAAGUCUGGCAAGCCAGUGAACUCGGGUAGCGCUGCCUCAACUCCCAUCAAGAAGUCUGCCACUCCCAGGACUCCACGCACGCCUGCGUCUGGUCGCGGUCGUUCCAAGGCUAUUCCCAGCAAGAAGUUCGACAAUGAUGAUACCACUUCUGACGGUGAAGAGGAAGAGCCGAUCGUCUCACCUUCCAUUGGUCGCAAGCGGGGCAGAGCAUCCGCCUGUCCGCAGUCAUACCAUGAGUCUGAUGCUACCACCGGCGACGAGGAUGAGGAUUUCGCUCCCAUGAAUAAGAAGAUCAAGGCGGAGUUGGUUGAAGAGGAGGGCGUCGCUGACACUGCUGGGACCGAUGGCCCUCUUGAGGAUGAAGACGAGGAUGUCGCUUUCGUUUGA